UUCUACGUGUUGAACAUUACGUACAAAAAAAGUAUCAAACCUUUUAAAGUGAGAUGAAAUUGUUAAAAGUUAUUUUACGGCACUUUUUUUUUACAUUAUUUCUAUUAACUGCAACUGUAUGACGAAACGGAAAGCCAUGGAGCGAGAGUAGUAAAUCCCAUGCGAUGGUACUUUUCACAUUCAGGUGUCAAACCAGUAACGGGUGUUGAGAUGUUUGCUUAGAGUUUGUUUUUAACGGAGUUUAGGCCUCGUGUAGGAUAUAAGUUAUCUUACUGAAUAUGGCUGAUAGCGCCAGCGAAAGUGAUAGCAGUUCUGUUGAUGGUGGAUUAAUGAUGCCUCCAUCUCCAGUAACACGUGAACAGUUUCAGAAAAGGAAUGAGUCCUUACUUCAAGAAAACAAAGUGUUGAAAAUGGAAAUCGACACUUACAAGCAACGAGUCAAAAGUCUUAUUGAAGAAAAUCGAGCUCUUCGUCAAGCAAGCGUAAACAUUCAAGCCAAGGCUGAACAAGAAGAAGAAUUCAUCAGUAACACAUUGCUAAAAAAGAUCCAGUCAUUGAAAAAAGAAAAAGAAGCCCUUGCUCUUAACUAUGAACAAGAAGAGGAAUGCUUAACCAAUGAUCUAUCUCGCAAGUUGAAUCAGCUUCGUCAAGAGAAAGUCCAGCUUGAACAAACUUUGGAGCAGGAACAAGAAGCCAUGGUCAACAAGCUGAUGCGGAAGAUUGAAAAAUUGGAAGCGGAGACUUUAGGUAAGCAGGCCAACUUGGAGCAGCUGAGACGAGAGAAAGUGGAGUUAGAGAACACACUGGAACAAGAACAAGAAGCCCUAGUUAAUCGCCUGUGGAAACGUAUGGAUAAAUUAGAGACAGAAAAAAGAAUGUUAAGGGCUAAACUUGAUCAGCCUAUAUCCAGUUCACCCUGUCCUCGUGAAAUGAAUGAUUCAGGAGAAACUGCAGCUAACCUGACCUUGCAUAUCCAACGACUGAGAACUGAAGUGGAAAGAUUAAAAAUGCAGUUGUUGAAUGCUCAACAAGAACAUUCUGAAAAGAUGGCCCAUUAUGCUACUGAAGAAAGACAGGUUCGUGAAGAAAAUGUAAGAUUACAAAGAAAGCUGCAAAUGGAGAUGGAACGACGAGAAACCUUGUGUCGCCACCUGUCUGAAAGUGAGUCUAGUCUUGAAAUGGAUGAAGAAAGACAGUUUAAUGAGCUAUCUCAUGGCCAUAGUGUACGCCAGCGAACUGUCUCCAGUCCAAUACCAUAUGCUCCUUCACCUAGUACUUCUCGCCCUCUCAGUCCAGGCUUGACUUUCAGUAAUACCAGAGAAACUUUCAGCCCCACCAGUCCCUUGGGACGAUGUCCUCACUGUAGUCAGCCACUGUAUCAUAUCAUAGCUUCCAGUGCCCAUCUUCCAAGCACCUCACCUCAUGGACAUGGUCAUACAGCUUGGACUCCAUCUGCCAUGACUAGGAUGCAGCCAAGUCCAUCACAAGAGAAGUUUGUGAAGCCAGCUGCCCCUCCUCCAGUCAAUAACCAGGGGCAAGCCUCAGUUUUGAUCCACACUGAACAUGCAUUUACUACUGAGAAAAGUUAAAGGUUUGAAUGGUAAUUAUGGUGCUAAAUGACACAAAUAACGUACCCUCAGAAAAAAAGUGAGAACACUUAUGAUUCCUUAUUCAAAGCUAAAGAUAUUUUGAGUUUAUUUUCAGGACCUGAUGUUAAGAAAUUAUAUAAUGGAGUAUCACAUGGUGUGAAAACGUUCACUAACUUUUACUGCUAUAUGAUACUAAAACCAUAAGGGUAGCUUAUCUGGUGAGGAUUGCUUAAAUGUUUUUACUAAUAUUGGUAUUUAAUACCUUAGCACUGUUAUAGGAAAAUGGUUCGUUUACCUCAUUACUUAGUGUUUUCAGCCUCUGAACUGUGAAAAUUGGUAUAUUCUAGAAUAAAUACUCAAGCUAAGAGUCUUACAUUAGUAAAACCUAGCUUCUCUUCAUCUCUCUAUUUUGCUUUCUCCAGUCAGUAAUGUAACUAAACAAGUAGAGCUGUGGAUGGAAUGUUAUUGCAGAUGCAUGUUACUAGACAAGUAUGUCUGCACUUGAGACAUUUCUGUAGAUCCAUUAUCUGCAAGUAUGUUUCAACAUUUUUCAAUCGGUCUUUAAUGUAACUAGACAACAAAUGUUUGUAUGAGAGACAUUUUGUAGAUCUGUUAUCUGCAGAUACAUGUUUACAUGGCUGAACCAUCAGAAAUAUAAUUAAACUCCCAGAACUGUAGUUGUAAGAUUUCUGCAGAUAUGGGUAAUGUGUUUAAAGCAAUGUAAUGUUAUUUUUUCUAUAUAAUUUAGACAUUAUGAUGUAGCCUGGGAGUGAAUCAUGGGUUCAAACCCUGGAUUACUUGUAAUAGAACAUUCUUUGAAUAAAAUGAUAUUUGGUAGAACAAAAUUUUUAAUAGCAUACAUUAAAAAUCUUUUCAUACAUUGUUAAAUUUAGUAUAUGUGUCUGUAAUACUGUGAUUUCUAUAAAUUAUUAUUUUCCUUCUCUCACAUUUCUCAACAAAUGAUUAGAAGUUACUAAUGAUUCUUAUGCUAAAUAUGGAUUAGUUGUGUAUAGCUAUUAAAGAUUGUGACCCUUAAUAGCAAAAAUUAGACAAAAUAUGAUUUAUAACUUUCUUUUUUCUGCAUGUACCUUGCUUAUAGUUGAUUGAAAUAUAGAAUACGUAUAAAACAGUUACUUGUAACUUAUGUUCCAAAACAGUAAAUCUCUGAGAAAGGCAUAACUGAAAACUUCUCUAAAAUCUUUAUCUCAAUAAAUUUUUAAACACGAUACAAGUAAAAAAACUUUAAUUAAUUUAUAAAGCAUUGGUUGCAAGAUGUUUCUUUGUUGUUUAUUUUUGAUAAACUGGAAGAUUCUAGCAAAUUUUGUCUAAAAGUAAAGGAAAUCUCUUGAAUUGUGUUUAUGAUGUGCAAAAUAUAUCUAUAAAAUCUUCCUGCUUCAAAUUUUCUACUUUUGUGAACAUAGGGUGUGAUUUUUGAGAAUGAAUUGUUAUAGAUAAGGCUGUGUAAAACUUCUGCUAUUUCUACAUGUGUGUGUGUGUGUGUGUACCUGUCUUAAAACACUUAAAGUAAAUGUGCCUUUUGUUUAGAAGUAAGCACAACAGCAACAAAUUUCUGUAGUUAGAGCUCGAAACUUGGCAUAAUUACUUAAACAAAAUUAUAUGCGACUUAUACCAGGAUUGAUAAAUAUAUUUGAAUAGUAACAGCUUCAGAGGAAUGGCUUAGAUUCAAGUUUAUUUCUUGUAUUUUUUUUUAGAUAUAAAUUGUAAUUUAAAGGUUUUAUAACUUUAAAAAAAAUUCAGUCAAUUUUAUGUAUCCAGAUAUACUCACUUUUUUUUCCCCUAUAAAACAUUACUUGUUGAAGAGUGCAUAUCAUUGUUAUGCAUUAAUGUAAUAGAAGACUGAUGACAAGAAAUAAUGAUAUUCACUAUACGUGAUUAUAUGUUUCUCCUCAGUAUAAGGUACCUGGCACUUACUAGUGAUUUUUUUCUUGACAUGCUAUGACUUGGUUUCAUUCAAAUAUCUUGUACAUAUUCUGAUGCUAUAGAAACAAAAGUGUUAUACAACUACAGAGACCCUAUAAGCUUGCUUGCUUUUUUUUUUGAAGCUAUAAAGUGGCAUCAUUCAGAAAUUUUGUAUUUGUUAAUCCUUACAAUCAUCCCAUAUUUUAAAAUACUUUUAGUGAGUCCUUGGUAUGAAUGAAAGUUCAUAUAAUGGUGAAACAACUAUUAAUAACACAAUGCUACAGUGUUAUGCAUAAUGUAGAGGAUUCAGAAAACUUUUAGCAUGCUUGUUUUUUUUUGUGACAAAAUUAAGGAAAUUUGUGGCUGUUUUGCUUGUCAGUAUAUCUAUGGAGAAGUGAACGAAAAAAGCAAGAUCUUGAAGUUUUGAAUGUGUACAUCAUGUAUUAAUGAACAAAUUUCUUGUGACUGAUAACUUUCACUUUUGCUACAAUUAGUACUUUGGUAAAUAGGUUUGAGGGGGAUAGAAAAUUCCAGUUUUUUUUACCAAUGCUCAUGUGUGGUACAUGAAAGUUAUUACUAUGAAUCAUGCAUGGUAUAGAAGGUAUCAGUGAUUAUGAAAGAUCCUGACUUGUAGUUGUGGAUAAACAUAUUGCAUCUUUUCCUGACUUUUAACAUUUAAAACAUUUGUCAAUACUAAAUAACAAUAAAUUAUAAAAGAAGUUUACGCUUCUCAUGUUUAUAUAAUUUCACUGAUAUCCAGUUCGUAGAAGUAAUAAGGAAAUAGUGGAAGUUUUAAUCAUUUGUGAUAAGGAGCUAUUGAUAAAAUAAUAAUUGAUUGUAGAAUUAAGGGGACACAGAUUGUUAUGUUGAGUGUACCAGCAAUGAUAUUAAAAAAAUUAAACUUGGUCCAUUUAUUUAUAUAACGAAAAUAAUUUCUUCUUCUCUACAUUUAACUAUUUUUGCUGCAUCUUUUACAAUAAAAUGUAAUGGCAAUGAAGAAUGCUUUAUACAUAAUGAAUUGAACAGUCAACAUCACGCCAUGAUUCAGUGUUUUUGUUUUUUUUUGCCUGUUGGAAAGUACUUCUUUCUCAGUUAAAUAUGGUUGAUUUAUUUUGCACUAAUGAAAAAUGUAAUUGUUCAUUCAAUGAGUAUCAUUUUCUCUGACAUGUUUUACUAUUUUUAAUGACUUCUACUUAUUUCAAGUUUCACUUAAGGUUUAUUCAAAACAAGAAUUAAUUACAUUUUGUGACUGUGUACACAAUCACUUCAUUUUAAUUCAAAUUCUAAUAUGUGCAUGAAAAGUAACAAGUAUUUCUCUGGUAGGGUAAUUAAUUGAUAUUCAGAACAUGGUUACUGCAGAUGAGCAUCCAGUGUUCUUACAGUUUGUGUAUCAUUAUGGGUUACAUGAUAUAUAAAAAUUGAAUCCUUCACUUAGCUUAAUAUAACAUCCUAUUUCCAGAAAGUUGAUUAUAUUUGGUGCUUGCUGAUGCAUAUACGUGUUUGAAUAAUUAAUCAAAUACUCAUAAAAUUCACUUUUAAUUUAGUUUUGAUCAUGUUUAUUAAUAUUUUUAUUUUUGACUGGCGACUUGUUUAACUGUAUCUUUUACCAUUAUGGAUUGAAAUUUCUGCAUUCUUAUGAUCCAAAAAGUCACUGACAAUCCAUUUCUUUCAUACAAACUCAAAAAUUACACUUUCGUAAAUGUGUGGCUCUUUAAUAUAUUAUGUAAAUGACUAAUAAGAUUGUACCUAAGGGUUGUCAUUAUAUUAGAAUAAAGUAGCCAAGCAUUAGCUCUCUUAAUGUUUAUAUGAUGAAUCCAUGUUCCUUGUUAAUAAUGUGUUGACCAUAUUUUCCCCAUUAAUGAUAACUGUCAGACAAUAACCAAUGACACCCUAGUUAUGUUGAAUUAUUUCAACAUCUAUCCCACUUUUUCUUUACUCUAUGGUCCUGUGAUACUCCUUGUUAAACUCAGUAAUAAUAUAAACAUAUUUUAUUCUAAGCUAUUGGUCUUUAUAUGUAUAUUUGAAAAAAUUAAAUUCUUUGUUA